AGUGUAGUGUUGAAGUUUUGACGGAUUCCUUGGGAAAAAUUUUCAAUAUUGUUUUCCUGUGUCCUGGAUCAUCCCAGUAGAUUCCAAAGAUGACCAGCCGAAGCCGUGGUAGUGGGAAGAUUGAAAUGGCAAUUGAGAAUUGCCGGAGUGAGGGAAAGUGGAAGAAAGUGAUAGAAUUGGCAGAGGAACUGAAAUUAGGAAGCCCUCACUACGAGAGUUUGUCCAAUUUCCUGAUAGGGGAGGGAAAACUGGAGAGUUUUCUCGAUGAAAAUCCACCUAUUGAAGCAAAUUAUGCCAAGGCCAAAACUGGUCUCUCCGAAGCCAAAAAUUACCUCCAAAUGGUCACUGGCGAGGAUGGCCAGAGGGCAGGAAUCGCCCUGGAUGCUCAUCUGUUGCUAGCAAAGUUAGCUUAUGCAUGUGGGCAGUACAAUGAAGUUCUUGAGCACUUUGUCAAGGCUGAAUUGAAUUCUCUGAGUGAGAAGGAACUCACGCCGAGGAGUUUAAGAAUCCUAGCAGAGUCUUAUGCCAUUAAAGGGUUGAGUUUGGAGAAUCAGGGGCCACAGAAAGGAUCUUCCCGGUACAAAAUAGCCGAGAGGGAAUCUGAAAUGAUUAAUUCUUUCGAACGUGCUGCAGACUUGGGGUUACUGUAUCUGCAGGAUCAGGACAGUGUGGCCAAUACAACUGCAACAGAACCAAGAAGAAUGGGAGCAAUUCUGGAGACUGCACUUCAGAGAGCUCCAAUUGUUCUGAUAAAGGCAGGUAAGCUUCAAGAAGCCAUUGACAGAUAUCGAUCAAUGUUGAGAGCCGUUGAGGCCAAAACAACGCAAACCCUGAGACUCACACUGGCCAGACAAUUGGCUGAGGUGCUUCUGCGAGGUGUCUCAGGAACAAUCUAUACCCCACCGACCACCUCAACUCUCCCACGGAACGCCAAUGCCAGUUCCAAGAAACUCUGGAAACCUCACAAGUAUUCCGGCCGGAAUCAAUUUCUCCCACGCAAUCAGCAUGAAGAAACAAUCCUUCUGCUCUUGAUCUCGGAAGCCCUGGCCGUCAGGGAUGCUGUUUUGUCAGUGAGCCCAGAAUUCCGGGAAGCUCGGGCUCAUACGAUUGGCAAUGCAACUGCAGUGUAUGAUCUUCUGGCCCUGGCCACAGUUCGCUGGGGCUUGACAUCGCUGCUGCAUCAGAGUUUCGAGAAGGCUCUGAAGUUUACUUUUGGGGAGCAGCACGUUUGGCGUCAGUAUGCUCUGAGCCUGGCAGGUACGGGGAAUCAUGCUCAGGCUGUGAGAGCUCUCUCGGAAUCUUCCCUCCUGGUGCCCACAGAUCCACUUCCUUGCCUCAUGUCAGCUCGUCUGUGUUAUGAACAUUUGGGCAGGAUGCAAGAGGGAAUUGAGCAUGCCCAGAAAGCCCUCAGCAAAGAAGUGAAGGGACUGAGGCCAUCCCGAGCACAGUUGCUGGUGGGAAUUGGUUGGCAGCAAAUUGCUCUGGGCUUUACUCUGAGGUCAGAACGGGAGAAGUACCAUAAACAGGCUCUGGAGGCCUUUGAAAAGGCUGUUCAGGCUGAUCCAAAUGAUCACCUGGCUGAAUACUACCUGGCACUGCAAUUUGCUCUGACACAUGACAUUCCCUCAGCCGUGGUGCACAUCCAGACAGCCCUGGCCCUGCGAGCUGAGCAUGCCAACAGCCUACAACUCUUUGCGCUCCUUCUGACAGCCAAUCGACGUCACAAGGAGGCUUUGGUUGUCGUUGAAGAUGCCAUCCUGGAGUUUCCGGACAAUUUGAGUCUGUAUCAGUUGAAGGCGCAAUUGGAACUGCAUCUAAAUGAGGGCGAGAGGGCUUUGGCGACCACUCAAACUUUGUUGAUGAAGUGGAAAGAGUUGUACGAGAAUCAAUUGUCCGGGGAAUCCACAGCAGAUGUCAUGGAGAAGCAUUCGGACACUAGAAGUACUCAUCAUCAUUCUUCACAGCUCUCGGACAGGGAUUCAAGUUCUGUCCAUGCUGCUUCAAUAUCCGCCUCUCGCAUCGAACAGGCUCUAAGUGAAGCUGCUAGUUCUCUGAGUUCCUUUAGUCCGCGCCAGGGGCCCCAGAAAGCUCUAGUCCUGCAAAUACGCAUUUGGCUCCUAAUGUCAGAUGUCUAUUUGGCUCUGGAUCAACCCUCAGAAGCCAUGAAUUGUGUCCAAGAAGCAGCUACUAUCAAUCUUCUGUCACCUCAGGUAAUGUACCAACGUGGUCAGGUAUAUCUCCAUCAGAAUCAGUUGACUGAGGCCAAGCAGAACUUCCUGGAUGCUGUAUCGGUUAAUCCCUAUUUUACCGAUGCCCUUAGGGCCCUAGGUGAAACUUACCAUUUGCUAGGUCAGCCUAGGCUAGCUGAAAAAGUCCUAAGGGAUGCUGUACAAAUUGAUCCAAAUCAUGCUCAUCUGUGGUUCACCCUUGGACAAGUGCUGGAGACACUAAAUGAUUUCGAAGCGGCAGCUGACAGUAUGGCCAGUGCCCUACAACUCGAAACUCAUUGUCCGGUACUUCCAUUUACAUCCGUAGCUUUAACGUUUGAGUAAGGAAAGAGUGGUUCGUGAUUUGUCUUCAGUGAUUUCAUCUCAAUUCUGCAUAACAUUCUUCAUUAAAGAAGAGACUUUCAGAUGAAGGAUCCUAGAUUGUUAAGGAUGAUUUCGAAAAGAGAUUUCUCGGGAAAAUUUCGUGUUCUUAAUUCUUAUAUUUAUAGGAAUACAAUAGUCUUCCUAAACCUUUGUUACUGUUCGGUAUUUUUUACCACAUAAAUUUAGGUUCGUUGCAAUUAAAUUCUACAACUUGUUCCCUAACGACGAAAAUUCUUGGUCCGAUAUUACAUUUUUCAGAAUAUCUUUUAAUUUGAAAAUGAGAAAAUAAUUUGAAUUUUAAAUCCAGGACUUUCUUCUUAACUUCGAAAGCUUACAGGUUCUAGGCUUGCUUCAGUAGAAAAACUAAAGUUCGAAACCAAUUCAAGUUUUUAAAUUUCAAUUUAGUUUUUCGAAGAUUUUUUGGUUUGAAAUUAAAUAAAAAAAAAUAAUCUGGAAUUUAGGAUCUUGAUUUCAGGAUUUGGAGGAUUUCAUAAGCUUAAAUUUAGGUGCUAUUGAUUUCCACAUAUUCUAGGUUCUUAUUUUGAUUUGAGUUUCUUAUAAACAUAUUGCAAUGAGUCUAGGCCUCAGUGGAUCAGUGGAUAGAGCAGUGGCUAUGGUGAGGUCGAGGGUUCGAGACUGGGCAGCUGCAGAUUUUUCAGCUGCUGUAAUAGUCUCGAAUUCGUCCAGUGAAUGAAUGGAAAAGUAAUGCCAAUACAUUGACAAUGAACCGCCUAAAAAGAGAGGUUGGUAUAGGAAAUAAGUUUCGACAUGCAGAGUUCAGUCGAAUACAAAUACUCAUUCACUGCCCAGAUCCACAAACCAAGGUUGGUUUACCGUGAUAUAAAGCGGUACUGUGUGUAUCAGAACGCACACAGAGCACUGUGAUAUGGAGCAGGUUUACUCGCUUUGGGGGUUAAGAUAGAACAGGAGAAUGGGGAGUGCAUAAUGGGCCCAAAUAAGUGGCCUGGGUGCAGCGGUUCCGCAAGGAAUAUAACCGACCCAUAGACAAAUCUGAAUCUUAAUCUUGCAAUGAGUCUUCGUUUUUUUAGCUCGAGGUACCGGUGAUAUUAAUUUCGAAAAUAGGAUUUAAGUUUCUUCUGGUCCUAGUAGGUUCUCCAUGAAUCCAAGAAAUCUAACAGCCGGCCUUAAUAAUAUUGAAAAAAAUCGGUGUUCAAUCUCUUAGUUCCAGAUAUCAGUGCUAUAACUUCGAAAAUAGAAUUCGAUUUUAUUUUGAGCCCUGCAGUUGUACUACGGAUCCUAGAACUCGCCUAUAGAUAUUUCAAUUCUAGAAACAGAUUGUAAAUCUUGAAAAUUGUUAGGUUCUCAUUUUGCUCUGACCUCGGAAAUUGAAUUGUGAACUUUAAGUUUAAACUCGCUUUUUAGGAUUUUAAUUCUAGGUGCCGGCAUUAUUAAAUUCGAAAAUAGGUUCCAACUUAAUUUUGUUAGCACUAGCUUCUCCCCAAAGGUUAAAUCCCCCGGUGGUAUUUGGAUUUGACAACGUAGAUGUCGUACAGGUGCAAAUUGUAAAUCCCGAAAAUUGUUAAGUUCUUAUGUUGGUUGGACCCCGCAGUUGUAUUAUGAACGCUGAACCUGUUCUUCGACUUUUUAAUUCAAGAUACCGGUGUUAUUAAUUCCGAAAAUACCUAGGUUCCAAAUUUAUUUUGGUCCUAGUAGAUGUUUAGGGAAUCUUAAAACCGUUUUUUCAGCCUCUAAUUCUAGGUACCACCCUUAUUAAUUUCGAUAUUUAGUUACAAGUUUACGUUAGGCCUUGAGUUGCCAUUAGGAACCUCGGAACAGGUCUUUAGAUUUUUAAAUCUAGGAUUUCGAUAAAUUUAAGAAUGGUUAAGUUUCUAAAUUUCUUUUAUCCCUGUUCAUUCCUGAAACUUUAUGGCCCUGAUCUUUAGCAUUAUAACUCCUGACAAGGGUAUUGUAAAAUAGGUUCAAGUUUGCUUUAACUUCUGUAAUCGCCCUAUUCUGUAGUCGUAGUCUCUUAACUUCAGAUAGUAGAGUUAUCAAUUUCGAAUUUAUGUUUACGUUGCAAGUUUUGGAACCUGAAUGAUCUAAUCGGACACCUAAAUACGAAGAUCCUAGAUGAAUAUAGGUUUUAAAUUUGUGUCUUUAAGGCAACGCUUUAAUUUUUUCUAUUUUGGGAAGCAAUUUAGGUUCUUUAACGACCGUAGAACCUAUUCUCAGUUUAGACUUUUAUAUCAAGAAACUCUGUUGGAACCUAGAAUAGCUUCAAAACGCCUGUAUAUUUUCUGAAGUGUUUUUAGGCUCCCUUUUUACAACUAAAUCUCGGAUCCUAGAUUUUGAAAGACUAAAAAAUUAGCAGAUCCAAGUUAGGUUCCAAAAAUUGGAUAGGAGGAUUUUUUUCAGUUUGAAAUGGUUUCUGGAACCUAGCUCUAGUAAAAUUCAGUAUUUGUAGGGUUUUAUUAUUAGGUUCAGCAAAUAGGAUGCAGUCUAAACAGUAACGGUAACUUUGGUGUUGUUCUCAAGGAAUCUCUUCAGAAGAAAUCCAUCCUUAGCAGUGAACCGGUGAAUGGGAUCGGGUUCAAGGGGAGGGAUAGCAAACUGUUGAUCUUGUUGAGUAUUUUAUUGAAAUCUAUAUCGUCGUUGAUGCAUUUUAGUGGCUUGUUGGUGAGCAUCUAGGAAGAAGCUCGUAUAUUAAUUUGAAAGGAAGAAUAAAAGAAUAAAUAGAAGA